AUGCCCAACCGUGACAGAGGCAGUAAAACAGACCAUAGCGACAACCCCCCCAACUUCGACAACAACGCAUUCAACACAACCAGCCCAUCCAGCCCAUCAUCAUACCUCGGCCGCAGCCCACCCAGCUUCAGAACCGGCUUUGUUGAUCCUAACUUCGACGUCGCACGUAUCGGUCCCUAUCUUGGCCCGGAGAUCGAAGCGGAACUACAAGCUGCGCGUGACGCGAGAGCAUGGAGGAUUGAACAAGGUGUUAGAGAGGAGUUGGCCCAGGAGCCCUACGGAGGGGAGGAGUUGGCUCAGAAGGCCUACGGAGGAGAUUUUCUGGCUCAGCAGGCCUACGGAGGAGCCUACACCUAAGAGUCGCUGGCUCUGCCACCCUACGGAGGAGAGUCGGUUGCGCCCCUCGUUCCGGAAGAGAGUGUUGAAGAUAGGCUGGGAUAUCUACUGACCGAACCCGCUGCGGCCGCUGCGGCUGUUACGACUGAGGCUGUAAGUGCCUUGAACCCCCAACUACAGUCGCUGCACUAAGGGUCUAUAAGAGAACGGUUAACGUGAGAAAGUGGGAAAAAGCAGCUCUUGCGGCCUUGACCACCGAGCCCGGACCAAGCAGACUAUCUGCUACAGCUCCUCCCUCAAGCCACGGGAAAGUGGCCCAGAAGUAGUAGUGUCACUUCAGGACCUCGCCGCCGGACAAGGUGGAAUAUCUAAC